ACUUGAAGCUGAAGCAUAUUUAGUGGCUGAGAAUGAAGUAUUUGAAGAGCAAAAAUUAAUAUUGACAAAUAUAGUACAAAUAGAUAAUCUUGAAAAAGAAGAAAAUAUCUUGUUAGCUGCUAU